AUGAACAAGCUCAUUGUAACAGCAGGCCUCUGUCUGCUUCUGAGCAGUUGGGUGUCUUCCUAUAGACUUGUGUGUUAUUUCACCAACUGGUCCCAGUAUAGAUCGGGUCAUGGGAGGUUUAUUCCUUCAAACAUCGACCCAGACCUCUGUACCCACCUGAACUAUGCCUUUGCUGUUGUUAAUGAGGCAAAUGAGCUGGUCACUUUCGAACAUAAUGAUGAAGAGCUUUAUAAAUCCUUCAACGGACUCAAAACCAGAAAUCCCAAUCUUAAAACACUGCUGGCAGUCGGAGGCUGGACCUUUGGAACAGAGAAAUUUACAACCAUGGUAUCAACAAAAGCCAACAGAAGUAAAUUUAUUCAGUCGUCUCUAAAGUUCUUAAGACAACAUGGCUUUGAUGGACUGGACUUAGACUGGGAGUUUCCUGCAGCAAGAGGAAGCCCUCAGGAGGACAAGCAGAGAUUCACAACGUUCUGCAAGGAGCUCUUUGAGGCCUUUGAAGCUGAAGUAAGAUCACCUGGACAGCCCAGGUUAAUGAUCACUGCUGCAGUCUCCGCUGGGAAAGAAACCAUUGACGCUGGAUAUGAAAUUGCAGAGAUUUCAAAGUAUCUGGAUUUUAUUAAUGUGAUGACGUAUGACUUCCACGGCUCCUGGGAGAGUUCCACAGGACAUAACAGCCCUUUGUACAAAUGGAUCAAUGAUAGAGAGGCCAGUGCUUACUCUAAUACUGAUUUUGCUAUGAGGUACUGGAGAGACAAUGGAACACCAGUUGAAAAGCUAAAUUUGGGCCUGGCAACAUAUGGACGAACGUUUAAGCUCUCCUCUCAGUUUAGUGGUGUUGGUGCAGCAGCCAGUGGCUCUGCUCCUGGAGGUACUUUCACACAGGAGGCCGGGUUCUUGUCCUAUUAUGAGAUUUGCACUUUUCUUCGAGAGGCCACGGUCCAGCUGAUUGAGGAUCAGAAGGUGCCAUAUGCCACAAAGCAAAAUGAGUGGGUUGGAUAUGACAACAAAGAAAGUUUUACUACCAAGGUCAGGUACAUAAAAGAGAACCGAUUUGGAGGAGCUUUUGUCUGGACCCUGGAUCUUGAUGACUUUAGUGGACAGUUCUGUGGAGAUGGGAACUACACCCUCAUCAGGCACCUUCGCUCCCUUCUGGUUUCAGAUUGUUCUCAUCUCCCUACAACUCCAACCAAUCAAAACCAAGUGACACUAUCUCCAGCUGAUGGACAGCCCACCAAACCUCCUCCCAGACCAAUGCCCACGGCUUCAUCCAAAACCCCUGAAAGUUUUUGUGCAACAAAGAAAGAUGGGCUUCAUCCUAAACCUGAUAAUCCGGGUUCUUUCUACAACUGCGCUAAUGGCAUCACUUGGGUCCUAAACUGCCCAGAUGGUUUAUUGUUUCGAGACAGCUGCAAGUGCUGCGACUGGCCUUUAUAA